CCCCUCUGAAUAAUGUUGACGUCUGCAAAAGAAUUUGACACGAGAACAAACAAUUAAAACUAGUAAUGGAGACGGAAGAGCGUGAAGUUUGGGAAAAUCUAGCCGAAUGGGACAAUUUGGAAGAUCCCCUUGCACCGCUAACCGAAGAACAACAAAUAACUAUUCUUGAGUUAGCUGCCAUAUGUGAUCAAAAAUUGUCUGUUGAAGAUGACCCUACAGAACCAAAAACCAAUACCUUGUCACAGAACAAUGCUAAGAGAAAUGCUGAUACUACGAUAUUGGAUAGCUUUGCUUCUUUGAUGAGUGGUGAAAAGACAAUUGAAUCAUCACAACAGUUUUAUCAAUGGUACUCUGAAUUAGAGUGGGAAAUGCUACAAGAAGAGGAUGCCGAAUACCGAGCAUACUUAGCCCAGUUGGAAAAGCAUCAAGGAGACUGCCAAGAAAUGUUGCAGCAGGUGACAGGAACUUUAGAUAAACUAUCCAAACUCAACAGCCAAUAUGGUUUUGUUUCAAACAAAACAACUUCUCUGCAUGAAGCUUGCGAGCAAAUGCUAAUAGACCAGACAAAGCUUUCAAACUUGGCUGAUGAACUGGAAAACAAGAUUUCGUAUUUCCUCGAGUAUGAAAAAAUUCAAUCACAACUUAGCUCACCUACUCUUUCUGUCCAUGGAGAACUUUUCCGCAAUAUCCUGGAUCGCCUCGAUAAAUGCAUAGACUACAUGCAAUCACACCCUCAGUACAGGGAAACGUCCACCUAUGUAACAAAAUAUCGGGUGUGUCUCAAUACUGCAUUGUCAUCUGUACGUAGCUGGGUCUUGCAAGCUCUAGAGCAAUGCGUCCAACAAGCCAAAAAGCCUGACGGCAGCACACCAACAACAGGUGAAAGUUACGCGUUUACGCUUUUGUACGGUAAAUUUCGGCUGCAUGCCGAUAAAAUGAAACAGCUCAUGACCGACAUCGAACAACGUCAUGAAAAAGGACCCGAGUACGAACAAUUGUUGGCCGAUUGUCAUGCAGCGUACUUCAGUCAACGUCUGUUGCUGUUGCGACCAAGUGUCGUAGCUUCUCUAACGGACCUUUCAACUACCUACGUUCGCGACCAUUGUGCCCUUUCCCGCUGUUCGUGCACGUUUCUUCUGCGCAUCUGCCAUGACGAAUGGCAACUUUAUCACCAGUUUUUCGGCAUGAAAUCCGAAUUACUUGAAGAUUAUAUGGAUCAACUUUGUGGUUUAUUGUACGAUCUUCUCCGGCCGCACAUUAUUCAUUCGAAUCAUUUGGAAACUUUGGCCGAACUCUGCUUUAUUCUUCGCGUUGAAAUGAUUGACGAGCACAUCAAUAAUAACCCGGAACAGCUCAGCGCCUUUCACCGUGUCGUUUUGCAGCUGCUGUCUGAUGUGCAAGAAAGGCUGGUUUAUCGUGCCCACAUUUAUGUUCAAAAUGACAUUGUUGGAUACAAGCCCGUUUCCGGCGAUUUGGCAUACCCGGAAAAAUUGGAAAUGAUGGAGAGUAUCGCGGAAGGGCUUCAAAACCAGGCUACGCAAACGCUCGCGCGUUCCGUUUCUGUCUCCUCUGUCUCAUCGCCCGAUACCGUUCGGUCCCAUACUGGAAAUUCGCCUGCCGAUCUCCACGGGAUGUGGUAUCCACCAUUGAGAAGAGCCCUGCUGUGUUUAUCGAAGCUGUACCGUUCGGUCGAUCGUUCCACAUUCCAAGGACUUUCUCAGGAAGUUUUGGCGGCGGCAUGUGCGGCCUUGGCAAAUGCCUCGUCCCAGAUUAUGAGUAACAAAACGACCCUAGACGCCCAUUUGUUUCACAUCAAGCACCUUCUUAUUCUGCGCGAACAGAUUGCCCCUUUCCAAGUUGAUUUUGCCGUCAAAGAAAUGAGCCUAGAUUUCAGUUCUGUGAAGCAUGCCGCAUUGGGGUUGUUCCAGAAAAAAGGGCGGCUAUUUUCGCUCUCAGCUAGCAAUGCGCUACUAGAAUUCCUUCUUGAAGGAGCCCCGCAAGUCAGGGAACAUUUGAAGGAUUCCAGGCGUUUGGCUGACCGCCAACUCAAAUCAACUUGUGAAGCAUUCAUAGAUUAUUGCGGUGACUUUUUGAUCGGACCUAUUCGCGUUUACCUAGCCAAGAUGACGAGUUAUUUGAAGAACAACACGGACUUGACUGGAUUGAAGCAACAAACAUUUGCUCAACCUGAUGUUGUGCAAAACUAUUCUAGCGAAUCGCAAAAAUAUCUCAGGACUCGUCUGCCUGUCGUUCAACGCAGCUUGCAGCUUUACUUGGCCAAUCGUGAAACCGAAUUCAUUCUGUUCAGACCUGUCAAGAACUUGAUAGUUGCUAGCUUUCAACAACUGCACCAAAUCCUGGUAACCCAUUACAGUGAGGAAGAACGAGGACUAAUUGCAGCUCCUUCACCAGAACAUAUAUCUAUUCUUCUUUCUGCUAUGCUGCUAAAGCGACCGGAAUCUGUGUCAGGAGAGAGAGAGAAGACGCCAGAUUCUCAAAGUCCUGCCAAGGAGCCCAUACAUAACAUUUCAUAGUUAUCCCAAGUUGUUACGAGAGAUGUGUCCGAUGCCGACAUUUCCAAUACAUUUACGCGUGUUGUUUCA